UUGAAGGUGAAGACGGACGCUGGUAAUGAUGGUCCCGACAAAUAUAUGUAUUGUGUAGUUGUAUUAUCCAUCCAUCCAUCCAUUUCCUACCGCUUAUUCCCUUUUGGGGUCGCGGGGUUAAUUAAAGUUUAAAUUUAAAUACUUUGUUGAGCACUAUUUGGACUUAAUGUUCGACAGCCUCAAAAUAUCACUCGUGUGUAGCAGACCUUGCUCCUGUAAACACGUUUUGACGUCAUUCACUAAUCAGGGUUACAACGCUACCCUUCUGGCCUACGGGCAGACAGGUUCCGGGAAGAGUUACUCCAUGGUGGGCUACAGGCCUAACAAAGGCCUGGUGCCCAAACUGUGUGAGCGACUCUUUGAGGCUAUUAAAGGGAAUCAGGACACAAGACAAUGCCAGGUCUUCUUCAGUAUGUUGGAAAUAUACAACGAGCAGGUGGUGGACCUGCUGUCUCGCAGCAGUCGUCCUCCAGGGGGUCUCCGUGUCAGAGAGGAGCAGCAUAGAGGCUUCUAUGUGGAGGGUCUGCGUACUGUGCCUUGUGAUAGUGCAGCACAGGUGGAGCAGUUGAUGGAGCAGGGCACUAGAACCCGGACCACCGCAGCCACUCACACAAACGCCAACAGCAGUCGCUCCCACAUGUUAAUCGUGUUGCAGCUCAAACAGAUCUUUUCCAAAGAGAGCAUCAGCAAACAAUCCAACAUCAACCUGGUGGACCUGGCAGGAAGUGAGCGUCAGAGGUCAUUAGGGUCAGAGGCUGACCGUCUGAAAGAAGGCACGGCCAUCAAUCUGAGCCUCACCACGCUGGGCAACGUCAUCAGCGCCCUGGCUGACAUGGCAGUGGGGAAGAAAGUGGUCCAUGUUCCCUACAGGGAUUCAGUCCUUACAAAGAUGCUGCAGUCCGCACUGGGAGGGAACAGCCGUACUGUCAUGAUCGCCACGCUGAGCCCUGCUGACAUCUGCUAUGAGGAGUCUCUGUCAACACUUCGUUAUGCUGAGAGGGCAAAGCACAUCCAGAACCGGCCUGUAGUGAACGAAAGUCCCACGGAGCGUCUGGUCAAAGAACUCAAAGCUGAGAACGCCAGACUGAUGCAGAGACUGAGCAGACUGGGCCAGGAGGGGCGCAGCGCCAAUGAUGAAACGAAGGAGAUCCGUCAGCUGCUGACACGCAAUGAACUCCAGAUUAGAACCAUACACACUCUGUGGGAGCAACAUCUGCAGGAGGCACUCAAGGACUGGGAGCAACAGUAUGCCAACAUCACGCAGGAGAGGAGAAUGAUGCAGAUGCAUCCUUACAUCCUGAACAUCAAUGAGGAUGCUCAGCUGUCUGGUGUGGUCAAGCUGUUCAUCCAAGAGGGAGAAUGGGAUGUUGGCCUCUGUGACAACACAUCCACCUCCAUCACCAUUAAGGGUUUAGGCAUUCAGCAGCGUCACGCUGUGAUGAGGAACGAACAGCGCCGGGUAACGCUAACGCCGCUGAAGGGGUCAAAGGUGACUGUCAAUGGCAGAGCUGUUGGUGAGAUGACUGAGCUGCACCACCUGGACAGACUCAUUCUCGGUUCCAACUGCACAUAUCUUUACAUCGGAUUCCCGUCCGAGAGAGGCGCUGAUGACUGGAGUUACUACGACUACGACUAUUUCCUGUCAGAACUGGCUGCUGCUGAGGGCAUCCACCUUGGUCAAACGAGCGCAGGAUGUUGCAAGACUGAUCCAAGUCUGCUGGCGGUCUUUUACGACUACAUCAAACUGAUGCCUCUGGUGGCUGAAGCCAACCAGAUGAGCCAAGAGUUAAACAAGGGAGUGGAGUUUAAAUUGGAGAUUAAGAAUCUGGUGCUCUCAGAUUCAAAAGGCCACGACCUGGAAAAAUACAUUGUCUGCAGAGUCAUCUCCAAGCCCAGCAAACAGGUGUGGAUUUGGUCCAAGGCCAAGUUUGUGAACCGCAAAUUCCUGAUGGAAGAAAUCUACCAGCAGCAUCUGGCUGAGCUGAAGGGAGAACAUGGAGAAGAGGGCCUUUCCACAGCGGCCUGGCCCAGAGAUAAGGAUCCUUUUUGGGAUCCGGUAGAACCGUUGCUCCUGGGAACCGCUCACCUUUGGCUCCAGUCUUUGGCCUUUCACAUUCCUCUGGACGAGCAACUGGAGGUGCUGGGGUCAGAGGGCAGCGAGGAGGCCAUUAUUCAAGCAAAGCUUCUUCCUUGCAGCUCGACUGGCAUGCCUCUGGGAGAAGACGACAUCCUCAUUGACCCGUCUGAGCUUCUGGGUCGGCGACUUGACGUGCAGCUAGUUCUGGAACAGUGUUUUGGACUUUGCUGGAUCAGAGAGGAUCGCAGUCGAGGCGUCCAGAUUGGUUUCAGGCUGUUUGACAGCUCAGUGCCUUUCUACACACCUGCUGUCUGGCACAGUGUCAUCCCUGCGCUGCAUCACAAAGUCCACUUUGCGUCACGCCAGGUGUCCCAGCGUCUACUUGAUUACCUUCAGAGCAGCGCUUUGCUUCUGGAGCUUUGGGGGCUUCAAGAGGGUUGCACUAUCUUGGUAUCGCCACUUGAGGGGUCUAAAGGGACCACAGAGGGUAUCUUCUUUAUUGAAGGCGAUGGCACAACUAAUAAUAAUCCUACUGAUUCUGCAUUACUGAACAGUUCAAUGGCAGAAUUUCAGAAAGAAAUGGAAGAAUUGAAAAGAGUGAACAAGUUACUGAUGAAAGAAAAUCAAAGUUUAAGAGGACAGCUGAACAUGGGCAAGAAUGGUACCACCAGUGCACGAAGUCGCUCAGUUCGGCCCAGUUGUGAUGCAGAGUUUGCUCGCUCACUGAAGCUUUUUUACCACAGCAUGACUUCUGUUCGGGCUCAGCUGCAGAGUCUGCGCAGACAAAGGCCAGGCGAGUCAUGUGACCUGUUGAGUCUACGACUCUUUGUGGAUGAGCAGAGUGGUCUGCUGAAGGACUUCUCAGAGCACCUGGAGGCAACUGUGUCAGCCCUCAAACGUGACGUUGCUGCCAUCGUCCGACGCAAGAGAGAACAAUGGGGAUCUUGGACUUGAGGCUUUUAACAUUCAUUGAGGUGUGAAAGAAUGAUGGGUUCCCACUUCUCUGUGAGCGUUUUGAGCAUCUAAUAAUAGAAAAGCGCGAUAUAAAAUCUAAUCCAUUAUUAUUAUUAUUGAAGCGCUGAUAGUUUGAUUUUGUAUAGCUUAGAUUGUAAAUUUUGAUGUUUGCUGAUUUUUAUCCACUUAAGUCAGCAAAGUUCCUGCUUAGUUGAUUUAAAUAAAAAAAAUUGUGAUGUCCACAUGAAACCUACAAACAGUACAUUAUUAAAGUCCAUACAAAAUUUAUUAGACUGUAUGUAAAAGUUAAUGCAAUUUCAAACUGCAAAUAAA